AUGCUAUCUCCAGCAUUUGAAGCCCUGAAAAUGGAUAACCAACUCCCACUUUACGAUCAAAACACAUCAGAUGAAGAUGAAGAAUUAGAUGAAAUAGAUGCACCUGAACCACUCUUGGAAACUCCAUUAAUAAGGUCUCUCCCAGCUACUCCAAUACCUCAAAUACAAGAAUCUAAUUACAUAUCCUCAAAUUUCAUACCCACAGAUGACAAUAUAAUAUACGGUGAUGAUUAUGUGAUAUUUGGCUUGAGAAAUAAUCAAAAUUUAAUAAUACGAGGUCAAUUCAAAUUAGAUAUACAAAGAGGUGCAAUAACUAUAAAUAAUGUGAUUUAUCAUUCAAACACGCCAACUUUGAAAUUCUUGAACCCUCAAUCAAAUGCAUUACCUUUAAUAUCAGCUACACAAGUUGUUGAUAGAUCUAAAACAUUAGACAUUCAAACUACAGAAAAUCAACAUCUCUUCUCCUCAGAUUAUAAAUCUGUUAUCAAGAUUUCAAAUUUAAACACUGGACUAGAAGAAAUUGGUCAAAUUUGUCCAUUGUUUAAAAAUUUAUUUUGGAAUUUCAACAAUAAUUUUGCAAAAGAAGAUUUAGAUGGGUUGAGUGAUUUUGAAUUAGCAUUUAAUGGAUAUUCAUUCUUCCCUAUAAUAAGACCUGAUAAUUCGGUUUCCAUAAUUAAAUUCAAAAAUUGGUUACCCCAAAUUGAAUCAUUAACUUCGUUAUAUAAAGAAAAUCAACUUUUGAAAAUACUAGUCAUUGGAAGUAAAAAUUGUGGUAAAUCAACUUUUUUAAGAUUAUUAUUACAAAAUUUACUAAGUGUUAACAAUCAACUCCCUGUUAAUAUCUUGGAUCUUGAUCCUGGGCAAGCUGAAUAUUCAUUACCAGAUUCUGUAUCCCUAAGUAAACUUGAUGAAUUUCAACAUGGGAAUCAUUUAUCAUUAACUACACCAUCUCAUCAACAUUCACACUAUGUUGGAUUCUCAUCACCAAAAGAUCAACCAAUUAGAUAUAAUUCACUUGUUUCAGACUUGAUAAACAAAUAUAAUUCAGACGGUUUGGUCAAAAAUGAAAGUUUAUUGAUAAAUACACCAGGUUGGAUAAAAGGUUAUGGAACUGAAUUAACAAAUUCAUUAAUCUCCAAAAUAAACCCAACUCAUAUCAUAUAUUUAAAUCCUGGGUCUUUAGAACUUGAUGAAUUAUCAAUUAAAGGUCCUGAAUUGAUUCCGUUAUUAGGAAAUUAUCAAACUUCAUCAUCUAAUGCAUCAAAAUAUUCAUCUUCACAAUUAAGAAUAUUGAAAAUUCUUUCAUAUUUGCAUAAACAAGAAAACUUUAAAUUUGAUUUCAAGCCUUUAUUAUUUUCACCACCUUUACAAGUUAGCUACGGUAAUAAUGGUAUUAAAGGGAUCUCUGUUUUAGGACUUUCUGAAAUUCAUAAAGAUGAUGUUAAAGAUAUCUUGGAGGGAACAAUCGUGGCAAUUCACACUAUAACUAGAGAAAAUCUUGAUGAGUUAAAUUUUACAAAUAUUGAAAAUAUCCCAAUAAUUGACUCAUCAGAACUUGUAAAGAAAAUAGCACCAGAACAGUUAUCACUCAAAUCAUUAGCAUUAAUUCAUUCAAUAGAUGAAAAAAACAAACUGAUCAACCUUUAUACACCACCUUUUGCAAAUUUGAACAAAUCAGAUGAUGAAGAAUAUAUUUUAAUAAGAGGUCGAACAGAAGUACCAAUAUGGGAAUUAGCAUCGAACCCAAUCUUGAAACAUUUUAAAAAACAUGAUUUACCAUUCAUCACUUUUGAAAAAAACAGUACUCAUGAUAAAGUUUGGAAAGUUAGAAAAAAUGUACAUAGAAGAGGACAGCAAUAG